AUGUCCUGUUUGUCCGCCAUUGAUUCACAGAUCGUCACCCUGCUCUCUGUCCCCGACGAGAUCCUCUUCCUCCAACACAAAGUCUUUCGAGAGUAUGCCAAGAUCGCUGUUGGACCGGACUUCAUCCACACUCUGCCGUCUUUUUUCAUUUUAACAUCGAUGGCCAUCGUUCUAUGGAGAAAUCCUCCAUCCUGCCACGCACUGGAACAAGCUCUAGCCGUGACGAUGCUGUACAAGUCCCUUCAGCUGAUGGUCAGCUGGGUCGUCGUCAUCGCUGUUUUAUGGUUCUGGCUGAUGAUGCAGAGGCUGCUCUACUGCUGCAUCUGGACGAGUUGGAACAGUGAAUCACAGUGGCGUGACGUUUCUUACCAGUGGUGGGAACAAGUUUGGUCCUCCUAUUAUCCCCGACCACUGGAACCCCCGGUAAUGUCAGCUGGACUUAUCAGUUGGCUCAUCUCGAUGUUGAUCGCCUCGACUGCCCUAGGCUGUGCACUUUCUACGAAUCGAGUGUGCAAUUUUAUCGCGGAAUCUUUAACUGCAGCAAGGGAUGCACUCGUGGUGGUGAAGUGUUACGCGAAUUCUUACUUCAAGAGAAUCCUCACCUGGAUACUGCAGCCGUACUGGCCGCCAGAAGAGGAGCACUUGAUAGCCGAGAAGAAGAGCAACGUACCCCCGAACGACAGCGAGGCGAGUUCGAUUUGCGACGAGUGUCGAUCGGAGAUCUCCAGCGAUCCAGUUCCGCAGCCACGAAGAGAGGUGCAUCCGAUCUCCUACGGCACCAACUGGUUGCCGAAAGCAAAUUUCACCGGCUACAAGGACGCCCAGAGAAAAGUGUCGAUGAAGUCGAUGCACACGGUGGCAGCGGUGAACAACAUCCAAGAUCCUGAGGAUCUGCUGCUGCGAGAGAUGCGUUACAAACGCGGUUGUCACACGGUGAUACCGAGCAAUUCGAGCGAUCAAUCGAGCGGAUGUUGA